AAGUGGUGCUUUAUCCAUCCUGCUCCGGCCGGGUAAGAGGAAACCUUAAACCGCUGCUGAACCAGCUUUCCUUCUAUUUUUCCCUCCAUUUUUCACCAGCGCCGUCAGACCCUGUGCACAUGGCAGCAGCAUCUCCUCAGAGAGCAGGCCCACCCUCCAGCAUGCUGGCCUUGGCAUUCCUCCUUCUCAUGAUCGCUGGGGUGAGAGCACAAGAUGAGAUCGUCGCCGAGGCAGCGUCUACCGUGGCCGCGGAAGAAUACAUCAGAGGAGACAUGAUUCCGAUGGCAACUGAAGCACCGGAGUCAGACAAUCAAGCGUUUGAAGUCGUGAUGGAAACCCGACACACCGACGUACAGACGACGCCGGCUCCGUUUACCAAACGGACGAGACCAGACAGCGAGGGAGAGGACACACCCGCGGCGGUCGAAGACGCGGACAAAAGCGGCCAAGUCAGCGUCGACGUGUACGCGGACGAACCCCAAAUCCAGGAAACACGGACUGUCCAACCAGCACCACCGAGAGGUGACGGCCCGGACAACAUUCCCGAUGGCGACGUGAUGUGCGUAGGCAAGGAGGUAGUCCAGGAUAAAAACGCUGUCAAUCUGAAACUCAUCCAGUCUUCCACCUGUAAAAACACAAAGAUGAAGAUUCAAAGCGUCCGUGAAGAGUUAUGUGGCGAAGACUGCAAACUGCUGAUCUACCAGGAGGACAACACGGAUCAGAUCCUUGUAGCUGGACAGUAUGUUGAAGAAGACAUAAAAGCCUGGGUUAACAAGUUCAACAAUGACAACAUCAAAGACAAGACUGGUGUGAAGGAAGCGGUCCCUCACUGGAGGAAGAACUCUAAAUUGGUGCUGGUUUCCCUGUUGCUCAGUGGCCUGCUGCUGGCUGCUCUGCUGGUCGCCGGUUAUUACUUUAAGACCCACCGCAAGAAUUCCAAAGGAGUCCGGCUGGCUGAAUCUUACCAGGUGGAUGAGGAGAACCAGGCCAACACCCUGGUCUCCGUCGCCCCCCUGCCCCAGGAGCCCGUCGACAAGCCCGCCGUGGCUAAUGGAGAAUCUCCACCAGAAAAUGGAACCAAUCCCGCCCCAACCACCAAUGGGCACUCCGCCUCAGGCCCGAGCGCGGAGGCUGACACGGAGAUGUGAACCUUCCCCCCGAUGUUCAACCACUGGUUCAUUCUACCCGCAUUCCCUCUGUCUGCUGCCUUGAAGGCUUUCCACACGUUGGAGAGACAAAUCUGAGCAACCCCCCCAAUCCACCACGCAGAACAAUGACAUCAGCGAGGUUCAUAAUGACAUUAAUGACAAUGCCUGUAAUGUGAAAAGUUUGGAAUUCCGGGCCUGCCAAGAGGAGCCGGAAUAGGACGUAUUUGGGACUAAAAGUGAUCGAUCAGCAGUGGCCUGUCUUGGAUUUGUCAGUACUUCUUACCUUUAGUUUUCUACUUCUUACCUUUAGUUUUGUAGAGUCAGCCGAAUACAAAUACGUUCUGUUGAUCAAUAUUCUUGUAAAAAGGUUUGAAAUGUACCGUUUUUUUUUUUUUUUUUUAAAUGUGGUACUUCUCCGUUAAUCUUUUUAUGGCUUCCCGACCUGCUCAUAAGCUUAUAAAAAACGAUCAAGUGUACCACUUGCACUGCAGCAGGUAUUAAAUGGGAUCCAAUCAUCUUUACCAAACUGGGACUUAGCUACCAGUAUACCUGGGCCAAUUAGAAAAAUGUUGCAAAAAUAGAAUUCAGCAUUCUGUAUAAAAACCAAAGCUCUGUCGCAACCUGCAUGAUCCGUUUGGACUUAAUGAAGAGAUAGAGACAAUCCACACAAAAAAAUAUUUGGCAAAAGGAUGUUUGACCAUUUGUGUUUGCAUGUUGACUUUUUAAUGUGACAUGAGUGUGCAGCUUUUUUGUUUUAUAUUCAGAAUAAAGUGAAAAAGCACAAA